UUUGUCUCUUGUUGAUAUUUAUAUUAUUUGUGCAUCUUAGUUACUGAUAAAAAAAAAGAUAUGGCACCAAAACACGAGAAAAAGAAGAAACGUGGAUGCUGCCCAUGUCUGUCAUCAUCUGUGAACGAAGCUGAAGAUUGUGAGGAAUAUCUGAUUUCUGUGAGUGAAUCCCCAGAGGAAGACUUAGGAGUGUUACAUUCAUUUGAGACAAUACUUGAUUCCACAAAUAGUACUACAAAGAAAAAGAAAAAGAAAAAAUCUAAAAGCCACAAAAAAGCAAAGAAAAAAACUGAACUAGAACUAAAGAAAUUGCAACCACCUGUUUGCCAGAAAAGGGAGAGUGAUGAUUCAUAUGAGUUUUUCUGUCCUGAUAGAAAUGACAGAAUUAAAAAAAAAUCAUUAAAAAAGAAACCCAAAAAGCCCAAAAGAAACACAUGCCACAUUGAUCCAGACCAUCAUCAGAAGAACCUAAUGCAAGUAGAAUUAUACAAUACUCCAGAAUGUUCUCAUGUUGAAAUUCCUGUAACACAGUCCUUUAAGAAGACAAAGAAGCAUUACCUUUUAGGUGGGAGCAUCAUGCCAAAAAUGACCAAUGAUAAUCUGACAUUGGAACACAGGGGGAUGUGGCAGCACACUAGAUCACCUGAAGGAAUUAGCAGUAUUCAGUCUGAGCAACAGGUUUUAUAUCAAUUAUUGUGUCCACCACCAGCUAAGAAAAAUCUGCUUGACGAAGAAGUUCACGAGCAAGCUGGUGUGUGUAAACACAAAGCAUGGACAGUAGCCCCCUGUAAAAAAAGGGUUGUUUUUGACACUGCAGUACAACACUUCAGUGGUGAGAGUGUGGGAUGCAAAAGCAGGCAGGGACCAACCAGAGCAACAUACAGGGAGCCAGAAAAUGACUUUUGUUGUACAGAGCCUUUGCUUUCUUCAAGCCCUGUACUGGAAAUAAAAUCCUGUGACUCUGAAGAGGAAUUUAACAUGCAUUGCACAAAGAAGAGACGUGAAUACAGAGCUGAAAGCACACGUGGUCUUGUAGAGGAAGCUUGUAACAGCCAGGACCUUUUCCUUACACAGAAGACUUUCUUGCCAAGUGGCUCAAGUGAUGAUAGUGUCAGCUCACCAUCAGUACAAAGAGACAAAUACACAGAAUGCCAGAAAACUACAGGACUCAUCAAGCACACGAGAACAUCUGAAGUAAACCUUCCAUGCUUGAGAUCAUCACCCAUUAGACAAAGGUAUGAAAACUACGGUCUGGUCUCAAGUAGAAAAUUAGGGCCAAUCACUGAGAAAGCCACACAGACCGAUGACUUCUUCAGCUCAAGGGCACUUGCUACUUCUCUAGGGUUUUACAAAACACAGAGAGAUAACAAAUGUACAGAGAAACCAGUUGACCUGAGUCUGCCGUCUGAAAUGAGAGCAAAAAUCACCUCAAAUCAUGCUUCUCACCGUCAUGUGAAUGGUGAAGGUGACGGUGUGCAUAUUUCCCCUAAAUAUGUCUUGUGUCGUACAAGCAACUGCAUUCCAAUUUUAGGGGAUGAAAAUCCAACUAAUUGCCUAAACACAUUUUGCAGACUAUCUGAAGAUGGGAAAUAUAUUCAGACUCGGCUAAAUGAGUCUUACUUCUUUAAGUUAAAAGGUGAAUCUCAAUCCCCUGAGUCGCAAGCUCCACUUAUGAAAGAGAAAGUGAUGUGUGAGAAAAAAAACAAGCCACUAGUGAAUAAAUGGGAUGCUCCAAAGUCACGGUGAAUAACUUUGUCUGCCUGAUACCAACUUUGAUAAGGAAAUAGCUGUUUAAUAGUAUAGUUCAACAAUUUUAACAUGGUUUAUGCAUGCAUUUAUUUCUUUGUUAUUAAAAUUAACUAGUAUUUUUUUUCUAAACAGCCAUUAAUACAUUAAAAAGUUAGCCUCUUGUGUGAAAUCUUGGUUGAUGUUAAUUUAAAAGAAAAAAAAAGUGGGCUGUGUAUGUUAAAUUCAAGGCAAACAAAAAGUGAUAUGAAAAAAGAAACUUAAUAGACCAACCAGAAUUUAAAUUAUAUAUAUGACAAAUUUAUCCGAGUAACUGGAACUAAAGUCAUACAAG